AUGAAUCACGUGCGGGACUGGCACGCGCGGGAUGAGUCAACUCGUCUGUUUCUGUAUCUGUCGGACAUUGGGCGUACUCGACCGGGGAUACACAUCGUGGACAAGUCGUGUGCCAAGACAGAUGUGUCGACGGAUAAAAAAUGGGACACGGAAAUUGCUUCUCCAAACAACAAGGCCACUGCCUCAACAAACAUCGCUAAAGGACAGGUCCUCACCAACCAAACACAAAUAAUAACGACAAAGACACUGUGUCACCGAACUACGACUAGGACACUGCCUCACAAAGCAUACAAGGACACUGUCACACCAGACAACGACAAGGUCACUUCCUCACCAAAUAACGAAAAGGCCACUGCCUCACCAAACAACGACAAGGACACUUCCUCACCAAACAACGACAAGGACACUUACUCACCAAACAACGACAAAGACACUUCCUCACCAAACAACGACAAGGCCACUUCCUCACCAAACAACGACACUUCCUCACCAAACAACGACAAGGCCACUUCCUCACCAAACAACGACAAGGACACUUCCUCACCAAACAACGACAAGGACACUUCCGCAACAAACAACGACAAAGACACUUCCUCGCCAAACAACGACAAGGCCACUUACUCGCCAAAUAACGACAAAGACACUUCCUCACCAAAUAACGACAAGGCCACUUCCUCAUCAAAUAACGACAAAGACACUUCCUCAACAAACAACGAAAAGGACGCUUCCCCACAAAACAACAGAGACACUGUCUCACAAACCAAACGCAGAAAACACACUUAA